AUGGAUGCACCGCUGAGUUACAAUCCGGCGCGCCAGUCCAAGGCCCGUCGACUACCGCUCUGCGGCGGCUUGGUGCUGCUGCUGGUCACGGCUUUGCUGUAUGCAGUCGUCGCACUGCGAUACUCGCACGCGGCGCCUCUCCCAUUCUCUUGGGCUGCGCCGCCGGCUCCUCCUGUCGCCGAUGCGACCGAUUCAGCUUCAGGCGGCGACAUUGGCGAUCGCUUUGCGCUGCACCCGGAGCUUCACGUCUCCCGCCCGCCUCGCACGCUGAAGCUCGACUGGAGCGUCACGCGACAGCAGCACCGUCCUGACGGUGUCCUGAGAGACGUCUACUUUAUCAACGGCCAGUUUCCUGGUCCGACAAUCGAAGCGCGCUCCGGCGAUGAGCUGCAAAUAACGGUAACGAAUGAUAUUUUCAACGAUACCGAUGCAGGAAUUGCCAUGCAUUGGCAUGGUCUUUUCAUGAAGGAUGCCAACGAGAUGGACGGGGUUACGGGAGUCACACAGUGUGGCAUCCAACAAGACCAUUCUUUUACGUAUAAAUUUCGAAUCGAUCCCGAACAGCAUGGCACUUACUGGUACCAUGCGCACUCUCAUGUUAAGCGUGCCGAUGGGCUAUACGGCGGCCUCAUCAUCCACAAGCCCGCUGAUAAGAACAGUGGCCAGACCGACCUGUCGCGGUACGACUACGGCGCUGAGAGGCUGUUACUCAUCGGUGACUGGUAUCACCGCAGCGCAGAAAUAGUGCUGGGAGAGUACAAAAACUACCGAAACUUUGCGUACGAGCCCGUGCCAGACUCACUGCUCAUCAACGGCGUCGGGUCCUACAACUGCUCCAACGCGCGCCCAGCACGGCCGAUAGACUGCGUAGAGACGAAGGUUCCGGUGCUCACCAUGUCUGGCGACAAGGCCAUACGGCUGCGCGUCAUCAACACCGGUGCCGCCGCCGGCCUGUCGUUCCAGCUGCAAAACGGCACGAUGCAGCUCCUCACGGUCGAUGGCGGUGGAUACGUCUCCAAAGACACUCCGCAGACGCCCACCAUGGGGGUUUUGUACCCGGGAGAGCGCAUGGACAUGCUGCUGCUGCCGAGUGACACGCCGGCAGACGAUGAGCACUUGCUGGACACUGAAGUGAAAAUUGUACUUGAUGCAGAACUUAUGCCCAUGAAAAACUGGGCUCUGACGCGCAUCCAAGACUUUCCUUUAAAAUGGCGUCGAUUGAGCGCAUCUAGCCAUGUGCGGCACGACGUUCGCGAAACUGUCGACGUUUUCAACAUGAAGGAUGCGCAUGGUGUCGACGUACCUUCAGAGUCGGGCAUCCAUGAAGCGCCCGCCGAGACGGCCCUGCUGUACACCAGCCUCGCCAUCAACAACUUCAAGCACGACGAGCCUUGGGGCGAAAUCAACCACACGUCGUGGGUGUGGAAGGAUCCAACGGCCAAGCCGUUGCUCGCCCUAGACCGGGACGAGUGGGCAAAUGGCACCGAGCAGGCCAAUACGCUCCGCACAUUUCGUGCGCCGUGGUACAAAGAUGGGCACGACAGAUGGAUUGAUUUGGUGGUGAAUAACGUGGAUGACAAGGGCCACCCAUUUCACUUGCAUGGAUAUGCAUUUCAUGUAGUUGGCGCCCGCCAGCUUGACCUGGGCCGCUCCUACAAUCCCUACGAGCCCGGCGCGACGCAAAGGGAAGCCGAGUACUUCAACACCAAGACGCCGCUGCGCAAAGACACUGUGUAUAUUCAGUCCAGCGGCUACGUCGUUUUGCGGUUUCCGCUUGAUAAUGCUGGCGUCUGGCUGAUGCACUGUCACGUACUCUGGCAUCAGGCGGUCGGCAUGGGUGUCGUGCUGCAGAUUGGCAAUGUUACAGAGUCGACGCAGCAAAAGGCCGGCCAAAGCUGCAUCGCAUAG